AUGGUCACUCGCCAUGAGACCGGCGAGAAGAAAGUUUCCUGCGACAAGUGCGCCAAGAAGUUCGUCCUCGACCAAAAUUUCCAGCGCCACAUCAAACUUCACGAGAUUGAGGAUGUCAAACCUGCAGUUUGCGACGUGUGCGACUCCAGAUUUAAGGACGACGCCCGUCUCGCGAAGCAUGUCGAAGCGGCGCAUGCGCCACGAUCCGUUCACGUCUGCGACAUUUGUGGAAAGCAGUUCGACCUCGUCACCGGUCUCAAGGAACACGUCAAACGACUCCACGGGCCCAAGAAAGUGGUGUGCGAUACGUGCGGAGAAAAGUUUGUGAGGCGUCAAGCCCUAACGUCCCACAGGAUUAAGGAGCAUGGCGCAGAUCCGUUUAUGUGCGAUCAGUGGUAA